UGUUAUUUGCAUCCAAAUCUGUCUCAAACCCACCCCCAAAUUCACUUCUCCGCUUUUCUUUCUGACAAAGAAAACAACUCGAUAAAGUUCCCUCUGCCCCAAUCGAAGUUUAAUCUGCUCGAUCGACGACAUGAAACUCAGACUAAGAUCUCUCGAAUCCCAAGAAACCCUCAAGAUCGAAGUACCCAAUCCCUGUUCCCUGCAGCACCUCAAAGAAGUCCUCACACAGAGAAUCUCUUCUUCUUCUACUUCUUCGUCCACAACUCCGGCUUCUCUACACCUCUCCCUCAAUCGGAAACACGAGCUCCUCGGUCCUUCGCCUCAGGACUCUCUCCUGUCCCUCGGUAUUACUUCAGGUGAUCUCAUCUUCUUCACUCUCAACCCUAACGCCUUUUCCCACGAAACUUUUAUUCCCGAAUCUGAUAGUAAUAAUGCUAACGAACCCAUGUCAUCACAGACCGUUAAUCCACAACCCAAUUCUCAGAACGAACGAACCCUUGAUCAAAACCUGGGUUUUGAUACCCACAAGGAAGAAACCCUAGUUUCGAAUACCCAUAUGGAAGAAACCCUAGUUUUGAAUACUCAUAUGGAAGAAAGCCUGAGUUCUGAGUAUGUGAAUGCCGAUACUCGAGAAUUGAGUACCGGGAAAGAAGAAACCCUGGAUUUGGAUUUGGGGAAGGGUGAGAAUAAGCAUCGAGGAGAUGAAAUCCUAGGUUUGGAUGGGCAGAUGGAGGAAGAUCCAGUUGUGUACGAAACGAAGAACAUGGAGGUUGAUGAUGGAGGGGCGAUACCGGAAGGGGGGAAGUCAUUUUCCGUGCCUUGUUUUCUUAGGAAAGUUUUUAGCAAGGAGGUUGGGGAAGGAGGCAGUGGCGAUCACAAGCUGUUGGUGAUUGCCGUCCACGCCGUUCUGUUAGAGUCUGGUUUUGUUGGGUUUGAUUCGGUUUCGGGGAUGAAGUUUGAAGGGUUUCAUUUUCCCGGCGAAUGGCCUUCCUCUGCGCUGACUAUGGCUUUGUGGUACACUCUUCCUCAGAUUGAUGAUCAGGGUAGUGGAGUUGCAACGGUUUUAUUGAAGUUUCGGAGAUUGGGAAAGUAUGUCAAUGUUUACGGAUCUUUGGCUGAGAAUGGUUCUGGGUUGUAUCGGGUGUGCUUGGAUGAGGACCGUUUGGUCUUCCUGUUGAAUGUUAUGUGGGCCAAUUGCAAUUCCGUUGAUGACCCGAGCGGAAAAGAUAGCUUAUCCCAGUUGUAUCCUGAAAGAGAAGUGUUUGAAUUUUGGAGGAGUGUAAAGGAUAGGCUUGCGUUGCCCCUCCUUAUAGAUUUAUGUGAGAAAGCUGAUUUGGCUCCUCCCCCUAGCUUUAUGCGACUCCCAACUGACCUUAAACUUAAGAUUAUGGAAUGUCUCCCUGGUGCUGAUGUUGCUAAAGUGGGUUGUGUGUGUUCAGAAUUGCACUAUUUGUCUUUAAACGACGAUUUAUGGAAGCAGAAGUUUGUGGAGCAGUUUGGCAAUGUGGAAGGAUUGCGGGGAGGGACCGACUGGAAAGAUAAGUUUGCUACAUUGUGGGAGAUUCGAAAAAGGACGAAGAUAGCUUUGUCUUUGAGGCUUCCAUCUCCGAUAGGAGGGCCUCAUUUUUUUGCACCUAGAUAUGUCAGAGACCCUCACCCUCUUACUUUUAGGGCUCCAAGAAUUAUAGGUGGAGAUUAUGACAUUGGUCCUGUUUUCCCACCUGGGCGGCCUGCUCUAUCUCCUAGUCGCCGGAAUGUCAUCCCCCGCUGUAAUCUUCGACUGUGAUGAAGAAGAAGGAUGCGUCACGGAGAUGCCUAGGGUCUUCUCUUUCCAACUUGUUUUUGAUCAGUCUUGCAUCAGUAUGCCGUGCCUAGAUUGAUGAUCGUGAUCUAUUUGGAGACAGUAUUAUGGAUAUAAUGAGUUCAUGUAUUUAACACUUGUCAAAUAAAAAAUAAAGUGCCUGUGUAUGUGUCGCCGUAUCGGUGAAUGUGUUGUCAGAUCUCAUGGAAUUUAGAAGGGUAUUAUGUUCUUUUGUUGUUAUGUCAAAAGACAAUCUUUGUUUUUGAUGUUUAAUGAAGCCUGGCAACUGUAUUCCUGUA